CUUGAGCCAGCUAGCCAUCAUACUUUCGCCAAAAUGACUGACCCUCGUCCAUAUCACGUUCUCACCUACGGCACCCUUCUGGGUACCCAGUUCUACCAGUCCUUCGUUGGUGGUAUCGUUGCCUUCCGCGCUCUGCCGCGCCCGCAGUUCGCCAGUUUGCAGACCGCCAUCUUCCCCAUCUACUUCUCUCUGCAGACAGCCCUGCCCGUGGCGGUGGCUCUGACUGCCAGCCGAGGUGGACAGGCUCUGGGUAUUUCGGGCCUUGUAGCCCCAGAGAACCGCCUCAACACCUUGCUGCCUAUGGCCACCGUCGCCUUGACCGGAUUAAUCAACAUGUUUUGGCUGCGUCCGUUGACGACCAAGAUCAUGCGUGAGCGGAAGCAUCAAGAAACCCGCGACGGAAAGAAGAGCUACGACCCUGCUCCCCACUCCAAGGAGAUGGUCUCUCUGAACAAGCGCUUCGGUCGAGUGCACGGCAUGUCCAGCCUGGUCAACAUGGUCAGCCUUAUUGCCACCGUCUGGUACGGUGCUGUGUUGAGCAAGCGUCUGGAGUAA